GAAAAAUAUACAUAUCUUCACAAGUUAUUCAACAACCGCGGCAGCCAGGGGAACAAAGCAGUAGUGCAGUAAGUCAAGCAAGCAGCGAGCGCAGACCAAAGCGUCGACCAAAGGACAAGGAGGCCGGGAUGGCAAACAAGGAUGAGGACGUUCGCGUUGGGGACGCCAUGGCGCUGCUGGGCCAGCAGCCAACCAUCUCAGAGGCGUUCAAGACAUUCUUAAGCAUGGUCUUGGCACAGCAGCACAGCCAGACACCUGUGGUGGCCACAAGCAGCAGCGUUCCACGUCGCAGCAGCGCACAGGACGACCAACAACAACAGCAAAACACAGGCGACGCACAACCUGCCGAAUCACAACAACAACAGCAGCAGCAGCAGCAGCAAGAGCGACAGCAGCAAGAGCAUGUGGGCGUGAAAGAGAUGCCCUUGUCAAGGGCCUCGCUGCCACACUUGCAGGUGCUGAUUCGGGAGACGCUGCGCGGGUGCUCCUCAUUUGACCUUGCACGGCUGCAGAGGGUGCAGGGCAAGGACGAGACCGGUUCGGCGUUCCUCGACUCCCUUGGCCGCCUGCGCGCCGUGCAGCACGUCUGUCAGCUGCUGGAGAACAAGCAGCAGCGCCGUACGCGGUGGCUGGGUUCCAAGUACUUUGAACUGGUUUGGCCGCUAAUUCAAGAAGACUUGCGAGAGUCGGAGGCCAUCGCCUCCGCCGCCAUGCAGCCCGAGCUCGUGGACGCUUACAUCGCCGCCGUCACUGCCGCGCUCGCUGAUGCAGAGAAGAGCGCCAUGUGGAGCCCGAGCCUUGAGGCCCAUCUGCAGGAGCAAGCCCAGAAGCGACGAGAACAAGCAGCGGCCCUGGCCACGGAGGUGGCUCAGAUGGCACUGGAUGCAGACGACGACGAUGAUGACGCUGAUGAAGGAGAGGGCGGUGAGGACGGGCGGGCGUGAAGGCGAUGAGGAUGGAGUGAGCGUGGAGGUGAUGGAGAUGGAGUGAGCCUGACGACUGUGGGCCUGGAUUAAGCGUGAUGACUAUGAGGAUUGGAUAACACGGACACAAGUGCGGGCUGGUGACAUGAAAACGCAUGAAAACGUGUCCUGUCGUGUUACAUCUUUACUUAUGCAGGGGACAUAGCAAAACGCAAUACAACGCGCCCAGCACAUGCCAUUAAACGAUUGUGAUUAUUAGAAGUGCGCAAAG